GAAUGAAUGAGCCCCGACGGCAGAGGAGCGCUCGUCAGCUCUUCCAGAGGCGGCAAAACCCCUUCCAGCCUGGCUCCCGGGUCAUCGGCAAGCAUGGCACCAUAAACUACACGCUCGAGGGCGAGGAGGGAGCGCCGUUGUGCGUGUGCAUCCACGGCUUGAACAGUAGCAUGGGCCAGUAUGAAGAUCUCGCCGUGCAUCUCAUCGCAAACGGCUACAGGGUGCUGAGAUUCGGUAAGCUCCGGAGGGCCAAUGGCAUCGAACGGUCAGUGCGUUCGCGCGUGUGUGCAUUGUUGUGCCUGUGUGCAUUUCUGCUAUGGUAACACACAGACCUGUACGGCCAUGGGAUGUCAUCCACACCAAAGAUGACAUCCUAUGGGCCGGAGGUGUUUGUGGGUCAGGUGGGUGAGCUGCUGCACAAGUGCGGGCUCGGGGAGACCCGCUUCAGCAUCAUCGGCUUCUCCAUGGGCGGACUCAUCGCUGGUAAGGAAGGGCACACACAGAUGAUGGAUUGGGAAUGAAGGCAUGCAGGCUGGGCGGGCGUGUGUGGGUGUGGGUGUGCGAUAUUGUGUGCAGCGUUGAGUGCACUUGCGUAUCGAGACAGAAUCGAUGGCGUGGUGCUGCUGGGGCCGGCAGGCAUGCUCAGGGGCAAACCCAGCGCCAUGUAAGUACGUAUGAAUGUGAGGGCACACGCAGCCAGCAAACCAAACCACUGUCUGUCUGCCUUGCGUCGGCGACCGACGUUCACUCUUGCUCCCUUAUUUCUGUCCGUUUCGUUCGGCUGCUUGGAUGAAUGAGUCAGUCGCGCGCUGGACACGUGUGGGUGUUGCAUCAUCCCGGUGGCUCGCAACUGUGCCUCGAGGUGCUGUGUCAAAAGGGACGACUUCAUGGUGGGUCGGUGAGUGAGGGAGCAGAAAGGAAAGGUUGAACCGCACGGGAAGGGAAUGCGAGUGUUGGUGUGUGUUGGUGUGUGUGCGUGUGUGUGUGUGUGUGUCAGGAGUUGUUUUAUGACAGCAGUGAGCACGCUGGUCGGGCGCAUCUGGCCUAUACUAGAUAUGUGUGGAGGGUGAGGAAGGAACCACACAGGGGGCGACAUACAUACAUACAUGCAUGCAGCAGUCGGGGAUAUCUAUCUCUCUUUGCUUUGUGUGAUGCGAUAUGGUGCGAUGUGGUGCGUUUGUUUCUCAUGUCAGUUUGGCCGCACUGUCGAAACGCUGCUGCGAGUGGCGAGGGGCAUGCCGCUGUGGUAGGCUCACACCCCGCCCCGCCCACGCAGCCUGUCUGACACAUUGAUUGACAUUGUUGUUGCUAUCUAUCUGUUGUGACAGGGACAACCCGGACCCAUUUGAGCAGCUUGCUUCUCUCGACAUUCCUGUGCUUCUCGGAUGGGGGUCAGACAGACAGACAGACGGAGAAGAGAUGGAUGCACCAACCAACGGGAUAUUUGAUCAAUGAUCGUGUUGUUGGUUGUUGUGUUGUCGAUCGUCGAUAUAUCAGUGUGGAGGACGACGUGACGCCCAUCUCGGAGUGCUGGCAGUUCAUGCGGUCAACCUUCCCCACGGCACCGAUACUGCUGUAUCCCAAUGCGAAGCACCAGGUACUCAUCGAGUGCUUCCCCCAGGUCUCGAGGUGAGGACACAGACUCACACACACACACACACGCACACACGCACUCGCCAAGCCAGCCACCGUAUGUGUGUCUGCGUGAGGAACUCUCACUCAGGGACAUCCUCGCAUUCCUCCUGGUGGGUGGGUGACACUCAAUGGAGGAAGGCCAUUCGCCCAACGAUGCACAUCAUGUUUGUAAUGUAUUGUGUGCCGUGCAGCGUCGGCCAAUCCCGGCAGUGGCAACGAACCCCCCUUCAAGUGACGGGACCUACUCAAUGGUGAGCCUACCGACAGUAGAUGGAUGGGCCGGAGGGGCACUCACUGCAUUCGUGUGGUCUUUCCUCCUUCCAGGCUCACGUGAGUGCCCCAAAGGACAUAUCGCUGGACUCGUCUGUGGUCGAGACGCAACUGCAGACGACGAGCGACUCCACGACGACCACCACUGUGCCAGUGCUGUGGCUGCCCACGGAUGCGUCAGCGGCGACGACGGUGAUCCCCCCACCGUCGCAGCAAGUCAUGGCGGCCGCUGCCUCGCUGCCGUGCCCACAGAUGAUACACAGGGGUGACCCCUAUCUACCGCCCCUCUUGGUGCAGGCCAUCGAUACGGGCAGGCACUCACACGCAGGGCAGGCGCAGCGGAAGGGGAGCGGGGCUGAUCAGCUUCAUGGGAUUGAGAUGAAGAAUGCUGUUGUGUGAUGGAUGGAUGGAUGGAUGGAUGGAUGGGACAGAUGGGACAGACUGAGUGGGUGUGGUGUGUAGAUAUGAAUGCACUCGUGGCACUCUCUGCACGGAUAGGUGGCUGUGCGGUGAGUCCGACAGUGUGUUACUCGAGAGUCCGAGGUUGUCUGUGUAAGAGACUGUCGA